CUUGUGUGUGAUACAGUCCAGUCCACUGUGCUGGGCUCGGCCUCCCUUGGGUGUGAUGCAGUUCACUGUGCUGGGCUCAGCCUCCCUUGUGUGUGAUACAGUCCAGUCCACUGUGCUGGGCUCGGCCUCCCUUGUGUGUGAUGCAGUUCACUGUGCUGGGCUCAGCCUCCCUUGUGUGUGAUACAGUCCACUGUAUGUGAUGCAGUCUAGUCCACUGCUGGGCUCAACCUCCCUUGAGUGUGGUGCUGGCCUCAGCUCUCCAGGUUUAGAUGCAGACUAACCUUGCCCUGACAGACCUGUAUUUUUAACUGACCAGCAUUACCUCCAGUGUUCAGAUCCUGUAUAAUCCAUAUUGCCAAGCUAAGCAAUGCAAUCUUUUAUGCUGUAGGUGGUAUUAUUAUUAUUAUUAUUAUUAUUAUUAUUAUUAUUAUAUUAUUAUUUGAAUUUCUAUGCAAGUGUCAAUGCAUAUCCUAAACCUUCUGCCUCAGUCUUAAUUUUCUAAGUUGAGGAGAGACUAUAAAACAAAAACAGUAUUAGAAUAUAUAUUUAUUGAUGUAAAUAUAUAACUUUUGCAUUUAGUUUGAGUUAAUGUAUAUUCAGGGUUAUUAAACUUUAACAAAGAGGUUGGGUGGGUGAGGGUUUUUGUCAUUUCAAAAGCAAUCUCUUGAUUUAAAUUUGUCCUGAGUUUUGAUUUUCUGGGUGAAAGGAGGUUAAUUUAACAGCCAUCUGCUUUUUAUAGAUAGAUAUGUAAAGAGAGAGGUGAAAUUGUUUGUAUCCUGUGGCAAUGAUGUUGCAUUAAAAUUAGCAGUGGAUAGCAACUUGUACAGCGCCUGUAUUUUCUCUCUGCAUAUUGUACUGGACGUGUGAGACAGAUGCACACAGACAGACGUGCAGUUUGAAGGUUGCACAAGAUAAAUGUGACGCGGGCAGGUGUUUGUGUGUGUAUAUGUAAUAUUUGUGUUGAACUAUCUUUGCUACCUAAAUUGAGCCCUUCCGUUUUAAAUUAAAAAAUAAAUAAAUAAAUAAUCUGUUAUGAUUUAUUAAAAGUUGUUAUUUUCUAGGUUUGUUCAGCCUGGUUUUUGUGUGAUUGUAAUUGUUGUGUUUGUGUUUCCGAGCUGUGUAUAACCCUGCACUGUGCUGUACUAUACUGUGAUGUAUUGCUAUAGCAGUUUAAGCGACUCCCCUAUCUUUAGCACUGGUAACCUCUGCAAAAUAAUACGAUCAGUCGGUUAUUCGAUGUAGACACAAUGUUCACGUAUAAGUUUUAAAAUACUAAACUAUACAAUUUGCAAAAUCAAUAAUAAUGAUGAGAAUAAUAAUAAUGCCAAAAAAAACAAAAAAAAAAAAAAUGACGUUAAAAUACAUCUGCAUGCACAUCAAACAAACAAAGAAGGAUCUUUGUCCAUUUCCGGAUUGGGGAAUCCGUCUAUCGUGCAGUGGGAGGCAGUGCCUUUGGCACAACUAAAUGAGAGAGAGGGAGGGACAAGGAGAGACGCACCUGCAGCCACAGCACACCUGUGUCAACCCCGGCGCUCACUUGACAGAGCCACGGCCGAGCAGCUCGCUAAUAAAGGCGAAGGCAUGGCAGGCAGGCGGAGAGGCAGAGAGCUGCUGAGUGAGGGGGGAGGCAGCCCCAGGGCAGGGGGUCGAGGCCAACAGGCAGCGGGGAGCCCCAGGUCAGGCAUAGGAGAGGCAGCGGCCAGCAACAUGCAGCAGGAGAUGCUGGAGAAAGCCAGGGAUCUGUUCCAGCUGUGUGACAAGGAGGAGAAGGGCUUCAUCACCAAGAGAGACAUGCAGCGCUUGCAGAAUGAGCUGCCCCUGACUCCGGAGCAGUUGGAGGAUGUCUUCGACAGUCUAGAUCAGGACGUGAACGGCUACCUCACCCCCCUGGAGUUCAGCAUGGGCCUGGGGAGGUUCAUCGGUGUCGAGGUGCUCCCUGAGCUCGAGGGGUCGGACUCGUCUGUCCUGGAGGACACGUUUGUCUCUGGAGGCUGGGAGGAGGACCUGUCCCUGCUGGAGGACAGUGAGGAGAGAAGCUUCUGUGUGAUGAUGCAGCAACUGGGAGCCCCGCAGGUCUUCCAAGAUCAGUCCGAGGUCAGGGAGCUGUGGGCCAGGCUGCACAGGGACCGACCAGAGCUGCUGUCUUAUUUCGAGGCGCUCCUGUCCAAGGUGUCGACUCACAUCCAGGAGGUGCACCUGGAGAAGGACUCGAUGGAGCAGGCGCUGCGCAGGAGGGAGUGUGAUCAUGACAGGGAGAUGCGCUCUCUGUACGAGGAGAUGGAACACCAGAUCACCAUCGAGAAAGACAGACUGCUGAACCAGGAUUCCCUGCGGCAGAGCGACAAGAGCCUGCAGCUGCAGAGCGAGCUGAAAAUGAGGGAGCGAGAACUGGAGGCGAUUGUGGGGAGGCAAAGACAAUUGGAGAGCCAGCUUCACGAGCUGAGCUAUGAGCAGGUGGAGACACGGGUUCAGAACGAAUGCCUUCAACACACAAACAAGCUUCUACAGGACCAGCUGGAGAGGAGCACGAGGGAGCUGGAAACAGCACAGCAUCACCUGAGACAGCUACAGGAGCAGGCUUCGAGAGAGCAGAGACAGAAAGACAGGGAUGUUGUCACAGUCUCCAGGAACAUGCAGAAGGAGAAGGAGAGUUUGUUGAAACAGCUGGAGCUGCUGAGGGAGAUGAAUAGGAAACUGCGUGAUGAGCGCGACGCCCACGAGUCCAGGAAGCUGGUUAGUGUCAGACACCGUGUCAUGACCCAGCCCCUCACACCACGCGCCGACAGUGGCCACGCCCACCACUACUGGCACCACCCCUUCAACCACGGACACAACUAGCCACGGGCUCGUGCCUUGUGGAGACUGUCCUGGUCUGGACUGGGGGAGCUGAGAUUAGGAUGGGGUUGGCACAGCUGCUGUUGGUUGUUAAUGCACCCUCAGUAAAUAUCUUGAACGUUGUUCCGAAUGGCCAUCAAUGCAUGUCCAGUUCUGCUGAGAGCAGAAGCAGCGUACCGGCGCACCCUCCUGGUAUACAUUUGAAAUGAUGCUUUGACAAGAGCUUGUGUUCCCCAGCUGAACCCCGUCCAUGUAAACCGGCUGGACUGUCAACAAGGUCGUCUGCAUUCCUUCUGAUGACUCUGAGGGUGCCUGGCAGUGGGUUUAGCAGCUGUCAGCUGAGCGUGUCGUCUGGUAAAGGAAGUUCUGUCAGACAUGCGCAGACACAAGGAAGAGAAUACGAAUAAAACUAUUCAGAUGCAGUGUGUUCGGCAUCCAGCAGGUGGCAUCAGUGUAUAUAUUGGUUGGAUUAUUUAUUAAAUGUACUGUAUAAUGGGCUAGAUUGUUAAUACACCUAUUCCCAAAAAAGCUGGUUAAA